AAGCCCCAUACCUGUUUAGGCUGCAGGCACAGCUCGUUCUGAGGCCGCGCUUUCGCGGCAAACCUCCCAUUGGAAAAAUAGUUUGACGUCUAAGCACCGUCGUCAGCAAUGGGUGGCUCACGGACCUUCCAGGCCGUUCUCCUGAUCCCCGCCGACGACAAUCAGCUGUAUCCGCUGACGUCGGAUGAACUGCCACGUGUCCUCCUCCCAGUGGGAGGCCGCCCUCUUCUCUCCUACAACCUCGAGCUCCUCGAAUCCUGCAACGUGCAAUCCGUCCUACUCGUCAUCGUGGGCGCUGACUCAGCAGCCGCAUCCCGAGUUUCUGGCUGGGUAGCUCAAAACUUUCACGAACGGCUGCCCGGCCUUGAAAUCGCCGUCGUCUCCGAAGCCGUCGGAUCAGCCGAUGCGCUUCGGAGCAUCUUCCACCGCAUCGCCGACGUCCACGAUCUCCUCGUCCUCUUCGCAGACGUCCUAUCUGACGUCCCGUUAGGCUCCGUCGCCGCCGCUCACCGGCGGGAAGAGGCCGCUCUGACGGUCGUCUUUAACGACCGCGAUGGAUUAGCCGGUGGAUCAGACGGCGGCGCCGGGGGGGCUGCUGGAGGCGGAGGGGAUGCCAGGGCGGGCGACAAGGGGAAAAAGGGAGGAGCCAGCGGCGGCGGAAGCGGCGGGAAAAGCGGUGCUGGCGGCAAGUCUGGCGGGAAGAGCGGUGCGGGCAGUCCUGACUUAGUCGGCCUAGACGCGUCAGGAAAGCGCCUCUUAAUCUUCCAACCCGGUUCUAACUCCGCUGGCGGCGUUCCCCGUCAGACUGCGCUCCGCCGGGCCCUCCUAGAGACCGAAGGGCGCGUGGACCUAUGCGCGGAUUUAAUCGACUCGCGAGUCUACGCGUUUCGUCGAGCCGCCCUCCAGAGCUUCCUGGAGUCGCAGCCCGGCUUGUCCUGCCUGCGUCGAGACGUGCUGCCGGCCUUCGUCCGCGAUCUGCAGCCGCGCCGGCAGCUGCUCCUCGCGUCGCUCCUCCCGCCGACUGCCGGCCUGCCGGUAGCUGCGGCUGCCACCGCCGCCGCAGGGCUAGUGUCUCCUGUAGCCGCAGCCGCCGCAUCCGGCGGCGGCGGCAGCGGAUCGAGGGACGGCCCAGGAACAGGCAGAGGGGGGAGCGUCCCAGCAGACGGCGAGGCUGGCGGUGGCGGUGGCGGCAGCGGGGCCGGGGGUGGUGGAGGUUCUGGUAUCGGCAGCAGCGGCGGUGAUGGUGGGGGCGGCAGCAGCAUUGGCGGUGGUGGCGCUAGUGCCAUCGGAAUAGGGAGAGGAGUGGGGGGAGAAGGAGGAGGAGGGGGAGGAGGAGGGAUUAUGCUGGUGAACAGUGGGAGCUUAGGAAACCCCAUGCUUAUCAGCAGCAUCAGCAGCAGCGGCAGUGGCAGCGGCAGCGGCAGCAGCAGCGGCGGUGGCGCUAAUAGCCGGUGCAGUGCGUUUAUAGCAAAGAAAGGGACGUUCUGGUUCUCUGUAGACAGUCUCCAGUCGUACGUGGAGCUUAACCACGCCAUAGCCGCCCGCCCGCCCACCCUCACCCUUCUACCCUCCUCUGCUUCCGGCCUUGAUUCCACCACUGCCGCCGCUGCCGCUGCUGCUGCCGCGGCAGGAGGAGCAGGAGCAGGAGGGUUGAGUGCAGCCGGAGGGGUGGCAGGAGCGGGAAAGGUAGCAGCAGGGGGGGUGGCGGCAGCAGCUGCGGUACACGAGAGUGUGAGUCUGGCGGCUAAGGCAACGAUAGGCCCGCAUUGCCUGGUGGGCGAGGGCAGCUCCGUGGAGGAGAAGAGUAGCAUCAAGCGGUCGAUCAUUGGGCGGCACUGCAGGAUUGGGGCGCAUGUGAAGGUGGUCAACUCGGUGAUUAUGGACCAUGUGACGAUAGGCGACGGGUGCCUGGUGCAGGGGUCGGUGGUGAGUAGUAAUGUGCUUAUGCAGGAGCGUACAAGUGUGGUGGAUUGCUACGUGGGCCCGGGGUUCGUGGUGGCAAAGGACUAUAAGGAGAGCGAGCUUUCCAAGAAGCCCAAGGCGGCGGCUCAGACGUAGUAAACUUCGCCCCAUUGUAGUACUGCCAUACUGGUACUGGUGCUGGCUCGUCCUGCUGUGGAGCCAUGGAGUUAGGAGAGAAGGCUGUCGAAGAAGCCCCAGGCAUCUGAGAGUAUGGGUAUUCUCCUUUGUCCGUCCUCCUGUCCUUCGAGAACUGUUUCGCGCCAUGAUGGUAGCUACCAUAUUGUCUUAUGUUCCCUUCCUGUCGCAACUGCCUUCAUGGUGCGGUGGGUACUGCAUUGCAUUAUAUGUUAGUUCUUGCUGUAAUAGGGGGUAUGUCUAAACUGCCAUACGCAUUUGGAUUGGACAAGUCUGCUAGUAGCUACCUACAGGUAGUUUCUUCUGGUGUUGGUUGAGUAUAGUUUAGGGUGGAUUCC